AUGCAGAAAAAUUCCAAGAGAAACAAUAAUUUGAGAGUUUCUGACAUAGAAUUGAACUCUGUGGAUGCUGAGAAGGCAAUAAACGAGAGUCAAAAUAACUUUGUUGAACUGCUGCCUCUAGAAGUCACUUUUAAAAUUUUCAGUCAGCUGGACAUUCAGAGUUUGUGCAGAGCUUCUGUGACAUGUAGGAGCUGGAAUUACACAAUAAGAAACAGUGACUCUUUAUGGAAGCCCCACUGCUUGACUGUAAGAGCUGUGUGCCAAAGAGAAAUAGAUGACGACCUAGAAAAUGGUUAUUCCUGGAGGGUAAUACUUCUGAGGAAUUACCAGAAGAGUAAAGUAAAGCAUGAAUGGCUAAGUGGCAGAUACAGCAACAUACGUUCUCCCAUUAGCCUCCCAGAAAAAAUUAUGUGCCCGAUGGAUGCAGAUACAUGGGGAGAAAUUCUAGAAGCAGAACUGGAAAGAUAA